AUGCUGACCUCUGCAAGUGCCUUGUAUGCCCACAAGUUUAAUACACUCUUCCUACAAGAUGUGCAUGAUGGCGAGGUCUUUGGCUUUUCCACGAACCAAGUCACUCCUUUCAAUCUCACCACUCCUGAUGGCGAGACUCUUUACGCUUGGCAUGUUUUGCCGUUAGAUCAGUAUGCUUUGCAUGAGAAAGCCGUUCGCAACGAGCCUCGGCCUCAGGAUGGCGCAAUCGAAGACUUCACUUCUACAGCGGCUUUUCAGCUUCUCCAAUCGAGUGAUGCCAGAGUUGUCAUCAGUUUCCAUGGAAAUGCUGGUCAUGUUGCCCAAAACUGGCGGCCCACCACCAAUAGGUUCAUGGCGACAAGGCCCAACACUCAUGUCUUCACAAUAGACUAUCGUGGCUUCGGUCACUCCACCGGAAGCCCGCAUGAAGCAGGUCUGAUCACUGAUGGCAUCACUUUGGUGAAGUGGAUCCUGGACGUUGCAAAAAUUCCUCCUGAGCGAGUCGUCAUCCUUGGUCAAAGCUUAGGGACUGCAGUGUCCACUGCAGUUGCUCUGCACUUUCUAGAUCCGGGUAAUGAACUUCUGCCUCGCGAGACCAGAGAACUGUCCUCCUUGGCACGAGACAGCGAUCAGAUCAAGCCAAUGAUGUUUGCUGGUAUCGUUCUUGCUGCUCCGUUCAGCAGUGUGCCGACAUUACUCCUCACGUAUCGCAUUGGAGGCCUCUUGCCACUCUUGCUUCCACUCCGGCCUGUCCCGUGGUUUGCGAACCUGCUCACAUCGCAAAUGGUCGACAAGUGGGAGACCGCAGAGCGAUUGACGGCGUAUUAUCACCUUUCAGCCGGCGCCCCGCAGCUUGGAUCUCUUCAGAUUGUACAUGCUCUCGAUGACGCUGACAUCCCAUAUCAUCAGACUGAGAUGAUCUGUCGCCGUAUCCUGGAUAAGCGCGGUUCAGACAGCGACCUCGACGCGCACGAGAUUGAUGCCAAAAGCUGCAUUGGCGAGGGUGGCGCUGGCGUCCUGGAUGUCAAGCGGAAUGGGCGACCACGACUUCGAUUCGAGCUGGUCAAACACGGAGGGCACAACAGAAUCAUUACAUACAGUCCAGUCGCCGUCGCCGUCGCGAGAGCCUUUGACAAUCUCUUUGAUUGA